AGAGAAACCGUUUGCGAAGGCUGAAACCCGAAUGACUUCCUGUUGGACUUAUACAGUGCACUACAUAGGGUGUAGAAGACGUUAUCACAUACGCUAUGUAGAACACCUACUGAGGGAGCGAGGAGACAGUUGGGACUUAACCGAAGGCGGAACAGCAUUUAUUAGCGCUGUAGAGGCUUUCCCGCUUGGCUGGGUUUCUCCGGACAUCAUGCAGGCCGGACAGAGCUGUACCGCGUGUGCGGGAGAUGCCCCUUCACACAAAUCCGCUGGGAACGGUCCGCUGGAGAACCCCGCGAUCAGAGAGCUGGUGGACGCGAACGGGGACGAGGACUCCGAGGCGGAAUCGUACCAGGACGGGAGGACCGAGGGGGUGGACCGGGAGACGAGGAGCCGAGCUUUCACGUGGUGUCAGAGCUUUCUGUCUGGGGCGUGGAAGACCAUCACUCAGGAGGAUUUUGAGAUCAGCAUCGUAAGUGGUGGACUCAGCAACCUGCUCUACAAAUGCAGCUUACCCGAUCAUGUGAAUCCCAUCAGGGCUGAACCUUCCUGUGUGCUGCUGCGCAUCUAUGGGGCCAUUUUACAGGGAGUGGACUCAUUGGUGUCUGAGAGUGUGAUGUUUGCCAUUCUAGCAGAGCGAGAGUUGGGUCCUCGUCUCUAUGGCAUCUUCCCAGAGGGACGUUUGGAAGAGUAUCUUCCUAGUAAGCGCCUGUGCACAGAGCACCUGCAACACCCAGACAUCUCGGCUGAAAUAGCCAAUAAGAUGGCCCGUUUCCACCGUAUGGUCAUGCCCUUCAAUAAAGAGCCCAAAUGGCUGUUUGUGACCAUGGAGAGGUACAUGGAGCAAAUCAACAAUAUUACAUUUGUACGCGAAGCUCACAUCAAGAAGUUCAAGAAGCUGAUGAAGUACGAUCUUCCGGCUGAGCUGGCGAAUCUGAGAGCACUGCUGGCAGAGACACCUUCACCUGUGGUCUUCUGUCACAAUGAUGUACAAGAAGGAAACAUCCUGCUGUUGGACAGCCGAGAUCAGGAUUCCUCUGAUAAACUGAUGCUUAUUGACUUUGAGUACAGCAGCUAUAAUUACAGGGGUUUUGACUUUGGGAAUCAUUUCUGUGAGUGGGUGUAUGACUACACAUAUGAUAAGUGGCCUUUUUAUAAGGCAAACCUGGACAACUACCCGACCAGAGAACAGCAGCUGCACUUCUUCAGAAACUACUUGUCCGAGAAUGAAGAUUCUGUACGUGAAGACCAAGCCGAGAUGGAACAGAUGAUCACUGAAGCAAACAGGUUUGCCCUUGCCUCUCAUUUCUUCUGGGGUCUGUGGUCCAUCAUUCAAGCCAGAAUUUCCAAGAUUGAAUUUGGAUACAUGGAUUAUGCCCAGCACAGGUUUGAUUCAUACUUCAAGCAGAAAAAGCUUUUUGCCUAAUCAACUGUUGGAGAAGGUUUCUGGAUGGAUCAGACCUCAGAUGAGCACAUCUUUCAUUCAUUUUUCCCCCUUUUUACUAUUUUACUUAGGAAAUAGUAAAAAUACCGUGAACGGUUCCAUCGGUGAACACGUGGUCAGUUAUUUCUUACUUCAUAAUUUGCUCCUCGUUGUCUACUGUAAUUUUCUCUAAUUGUCUUGCUUGGAGCACAAAUCUCCAGUAAUACAGCAACAACCACAGAUAUAACAGAUAUCCUCAUGUCUAAUCUCAUCCAAGCACUUACGUAUACAGUACAUAUUGUUAUAUUUAUUGCAAUUUACUGUAUGUUUAUUUUCAUUUUUUGACUUUUGACAAUGAUGAACCUCCUGAAUCUUGAAUGUUAACUGUGUGUGUGUGUGUGUGUGUGUGUGUGUGUGUGUGUGUGUGUGUGUGUGUGUGAGAGAGAGAGAGAGAGAGAGAGAGAGAGAGAAAGCUUGUUUUCUGUGUAUAGCUGCACAGUUCAGUGUAUACAUGAGGGUCCACACUAGUUAUCAUUACAUAUAAUUCCAUAUUUCAUACAAUACUGUAAGCUUUGCCUAUCCUCUCCCUCUAUUCUCUUUCUGAGCAUGUAUUAAGAAGCACACAGCUUGUUUGUGCACUGAUGUGUAGUCUGAGGUAAUAUAAGAAUUCUUGGCUUUUUACUUUAAGUCACUGAGACUGUUAACACUUUAAUCGGGAAUAUGUGGAAAGUCGCAGGAGCAGGCGGGUGAAUUUUACUCUCAAAUGGGCGUUAGUGGGCAGUGAAACUUGUAGGACAAAGAUAGGCUAUGUCCAUUAACAUAGGAGCUUGUUGUGUGCUGUGGGUUGUUUGCACAGCACGCUUACUGUAUUUGUUUAUUCAUCUUCAGUAACUGCUUUAUCCUGGGCAUGGUAACUGGUUUAAAAUAACUAAAUUCUUCAAAAUGUGGAGAACCAACCAUGGUUGUUAGAAAAUACCAUGGGUGAGUGAGUACAAACAAAAUAAUAAGUGCAGGAGUGGGUGGGUUUGGAAUUAUAAAAACACUUCUAUAGCAAACCCCUGAAAGCUACCACGUUGUAGGGAUUUGGAGCAUUAUUAAUGCUUUAAAGUUUCAGUUGUAAUGAAAACAGUUAUGGUUACUACAACAGUUUUUAACUGUUUUUAAUUGUGGUACUGAGGGGGUUCGUAAGGGGACUGCACUCAGAUCAACACCUGCAGGUUAGUAUAUCACAUCCGGCAGUUCGUGUGUUUGUACCACAAUUGUUUGAACGUUAACCUGAAAGACUGAAAGUUAAAUACUGAAGGCAAGUAUUAUUUCUGGAACUUAGUGUGUGAAUAGUUAAUAACUUUUAUAUGUCUUUUAUGUUUUGUUUUGUUUUUUUAAUUUGGCUAAAUGGCCAAUCUGCUUGCACUAUAUUUCUGACUGAACAGCAUGCUUUAUUGUAGCUUACCAAGCUCAUGAUUGGAUCUUAGCCAGAUUCUUAUUUAUAGUAUGUAGCUAUAUGUUGAGUUUUUAAUUUAAACUUUUUUUGUGUGGUAUUUGAUUAUUUAUUGACCUCUAUCAGUCAUCCAAAGCAGAUCAGUACUGAAUCCAAACCAAAUAUAAAAUAUGAAAGCCACCUAAUUAUCUGGACUCAAAUAUAUAAAGAUAAAAUCCAGGCCACAAGGAUCAUUAAUGUUCCGAAUUAUUUCCAUCCUUUUAGUAUACCAGGUUUAGUUAUUUCUGAUGGAAACUGAUGCAGAGAGAUGUAUUAGUUAUGUAUUAAUAAAACGCAAAGAAUAUUCAGUACUCUGGGAGCAAUUUCAUACUGAGUGUUCGGCCCUACUCAUACUCUUUUAGUGUGUCCCUUUCCUUACUUUUCAUCAUUACAACUUCAGUUAUUUUAAUCUGUCUCACGUAUUUCUGUCUUAAAGGACCAUAACAGUGUUGAGCUGGGUCCAGUUUUCGUUUAUCAUGUAUUUGUGUUUGUUAAAAUCCUUGGCAAAUGCUUGUUUUGGUCUGUAUACACUUGCUUUCUGUGAAUUUUUUGCCUUUAUAGGACACAGCAGCCAUCAAACCUUUUACUACAAAUAAAAAUAAUUGAAAUGUAA